UGGACCUUGGGCCACUGCGAGACAUGCGGGAGCAGCACCCGCUUCGUGCCCCAGCAGACCAGCCUGGUGCAGGCCAGCCUGCUGGUGGCCAACCUGCUGGCCCACAUGAACUACUCCUUCUGGAUCGAGGCCAUCAACGGUGUGUCCGACCUGAGCCCAGAGCCCCGCCGGGCUGCCGUCGUCAACAUCACCACGAACCAGGCAGCCCCGUCCCAGGUGGUGGUGAUCCGCCAGGAGCGGGCGGGGCAGACCAGCGUCUCGCUGCUGUGGCAGGAGCCAGAGCAGCCCAAUGGCGUCAUCCUGGAGUACGAGAUCAAGUACUACGAGAAGGACAAGGAGAUGCAGAGCUACUCCACCCUCAAGGCUGUCACCACCAGGGCCACCGUCUCGGGCCUCAAGCCGGGCACCCGCUACGUGUUCCAGGUCCGAGCCCGCACCUCGGCUGGCUGCGGCCGCUUCAGCCAGGCCAUGGAGGUGGAGACCGGGAAACCCCGUCCCCACUACGACACCCGGACCAUCGUCUGGAUCUGCCUGACACUCAUCACCGGCCUGGUCGUGCUUUUGUUCCUGCUCAUCUGCAAGAAGAGGCACUGCGGCUACAGCAAGGCCUUCCAGCACUCGGACGAGGAGAAGAUGCACUAUGAGAACGGGCAGGCGCCUCCACCCGUCUUCCUGCCCCUGCACCACCCUCCGGGGAAGAUCCCAGAGACCCAGUUCUAUGCAGAACCCCACACCUACGAGGAGCCAGGCCGGGCGGGCCGUGGUUUCACCCGCGAGAUCGAGGCCUCUAGAAUCCACAUCGAGAAGAUCAUCGGCUCCGGAGAGUCCGGGGAAGUCUGCUACGGGCGUCUGCAGGUGCCGGGGCAGCGGGACAUGCCCGUGGCCAUCAAGGCCCUCAAAGCCGGCUACACGGAGAGACAGCGGCGGGACUUUCUGAGUGAGGCAUCCAUCAUGGGUCAGUUUGACCACCCCAAUAUCAUCCGCCUUGAAGGUGUCGUCACCCGUGGCCAGCUGGCAAUGAUCGUGACCGAGUACAUGGAGAACGGCUCUCUGGACACCUUCCUGAGGACUCACGAUGGGCAGUUCACCAUCAUGCAGCUGGUGGGCAUGCUCAGAGGAGUGGGUGCCGGCAUGCGCUACCUCUCGGACCUGGGCUACGUCCACCGCGACCUGGCUGCCCGCAACGUCCUGGUCGAUGGCAACCUGGUCUGCAAGGUGUCUGACUUCGGGCUCUCGCGGGUGCUGGAGGACGACCCCGACGCCGCCUACACCACCACGGGAGGGAAGAUCCCGAUCCGCUGGACGGCCCCCGAGGCCAUCGCCUUCCGGACCUUCUCCUCGGCCAGCGACGUGUGGAGUUUUGGGGUGGUCAUGUGGGAGGUGCUAGCCUACGGGGAGCGGCCCUACUGGAACAUGACCAACCGGGACGUCAUCAGCUCCGUGGAGGAGGGGUACCGCCUGCCCGCGCCCAUGGGCUGCCCCCGCACCCUGCACCAGCUCAUGCUUGACUGCUGGCACAAGGACCGGGCCCAGCGGCCUCGCUUCUCCCACAUCGUCAGCGUCCUGGACACGCUGAUCCGCAGCCCUGAGAGUCUCAGGGCCACGGCCACUGUCAACAGGUGCCCGCCCCCCGCCUUUGCCCGGAGCUGCUUUGACCUCCGCGGGGGCGGGGGUGGCGGCGGGGGCCUCACCGUGGGGGACUGGCUGGACUCCAUCCGCAUGGGCCGCUACCGGGACCACUUCGCUGCUGGGGGUUACUCCUCUCUGGGCAUGGUGCUACGUAUGAAUGCUCAGGAUGUGCGUGCCCUGGGCAUCACCCUCAUGGGCCACCAGAAGAAGAUCCUGGGCAGCAUCCAGACCAUGAGGGCCCAGCUGACCAGCACCCAGGGGCCCCACCGGCACCUCUGACCAAACCGAGCCAGCCCCGGCUCAUGCCAGCCGUCAGAGGACUCGUGGGGUUGGCCACCCCAGGCCUCUGUCCCUCCUCCUUGGCUGCCUUCCCCUCAGGUGCCAGGGAGGCCGAGGACUCCAUCACAAGACCUGGUGUUAUCUGGGGUCAGGCCACCUGGGAAGGGACCUUUGGUGCCCAGCAGGGAGGGGACACCUGCCCCCAGGGCAGAGGGCCUUCUCUUUCCCAGAGGCUGGGGCCUCAAUGCCACUGAGCCCAACAGCGAGGUCGCUCACCUGCCUCUGUGUG